CCGACUGCAAGCGUAAACAUAUUCGUCGCAAGCCAUGUAUGUGCUACUUGACGGGCUUCUGUCCAUACGGGCUCGACUGCAAGGAUGCGCAUCUGCAGUUCCUUGUUCCGCCCAAGGCUCCUCCUGUGAUACCCAUGACCGCUGCUUAGUCUUUGCUUCAGUCAUCAUCGACAUCCGAAGCCAGUGUCGCCGGUCGUUCUGCAGCUUACUCAACGAUGCAAGGAUCAGCAUUUCCUUUCGAGUCAUUGCUGGUGGCGUUGUCAUUGCUCUGCUCUUGUAUGGGUCUUGCAUGGUCAUUGUACUCAGAAGGCCUGUUGCACGGUGCACAGCAGAGUGCACGAGAAGAAGUCGAGUGAAACGUAGAAGCAAUCGGCAAAAGAUCGCAGUGGCUAGGAGGCUCACAAU